CUCUCUCUCUCUUCCGCAUACACAUAUUUCUGUCUCUUUAUAUAAACCCCUCUCCAUCCUCCACCAACUCACACACAUACCUUCAUUGCUCCAGCGCCCCAUACUCUAUUUUCAUUCUCUGUGCUCUGUAUCUUUAGUUUCUUGGUUCUUGUUUUUCUGGCUUAAAUUUGGGAGAUUAUGGGUGGGGUGAUUUUACCAGAUAUUGGGGCUGAGAUUCUGAUUCCCCUGUGUGCGAUUAUCGGAAUUGGAUUCUCAUUGUUUCAGUGGCUGCUUGUUUCGAAAGUGAAGCUGGUCCCUGGUGGUAGAGAUGCGGCGGCGGGGAAUAAUGGUGUAAGGAAGAAUGGUUACAAUGACUAUCUUAUUGAAGAGGAGGAGGGUCUCAAUGACCACAACGUUGUUCUUAAAUGCGCCGAUAUUCAAAGCGCCAUAUCUGAAGGGGCAACUUCCUUCCUUUUAACCGAAUACAAGUAUGUUGGAGUUUUCAUGAUUGCUUUUGCAAUCCUUAUUUUCCUGUUCCUCGGCUCAGUUGAGGGAUUCAGCACCAAGGCUCAACCUUGCACCUAUGACCCAUUGAAGACGUGCAAGCCUGCUCUAGCCACUGCUGUCUUCAGCACAGUUUCCUUCUUGCUUGGUGCUAUCACUUCUGUAAUUUCUGGCUUUCUUGGGAUGAAAAUUGCUACAUAUGCAAAUGCUAGAACCACCCUUGAGGCAAGAAAAGGAGUUGGUAAGGCUUUUAUCACUGCAUUUAGGUCUGGUGCUGUCAUGGGUUUUCUCCUUGCUGCAAAUGGUCUCUUGGUGCUUUUCAUUGCCAUCAACCUCUUUAAGAUAUACUAUGGUGAUGACUGGGCUGGUCUAUUCGAGGCUAUAACUGGUUACGGUCUUGGAGGAUCUUCCAUGGCCCUCUUUGGUAGAGUGGGGGGAGGUAUCUACACAAAAGCUGCUGAUGUUGGUGCUGAUCUUGUUGGAAAGGUGGAAAGGAAUAUUCCUGAGGAUGACCCAAGGAAUCCAGCUGUAAUUGCUGAUAAUGUUGGUGAUAAUGUUGGGGAUAUAGCUGGUAUGGGAUCUGACCUUUUUGGCUCAUAUGCAGAGUCUUCUUGUGCUGCCCUAGUUGUUGCUUCCAUUUCCUCUUUUGGAAUUGAUCAUGAGUUGACUCCAAUGCUAUACCCUCUUAUCAUCAGUUCUGUGGGUAUCCUUGUUUGUUUGCUCACCACUUUGUUUGCAACUGACUUCUUUGAGAUCAAGGCUGUAAAGGAAAUUGAGCCAGCUUUGAAAAAGCAGCUCAUCAUCUCAACUGUGCUUAUGACUGUUGGAAUUGCCAUUGUUAGUUGGAUUGCUCUACCAUCUUCCUUCACCAUCUUCAAUUUUGGGACUCAGAAAGUUGUUAAGAAUUGGCAACUUUUCUUAUGCGUUGCUGUUGGUCUUUGGGCUGGUCUCAUUAUUGGAUUUGUAACUGAAUACUACACUAGCAAUGCAUACAGCCCUGUUCAAGAUGUUGCUGAUUCUUGCCGCACUGGAGCUGCCACUAACGUUAUUUUUGGGCUUGCUUUGGGAUAUAAAUCGGUCAUUAUCCCUAUUUUUGCCAUUGCAGUCAGCAUUUUUGUCAGUUUCACCUUUGCUGCUAUGUAUGGUAUUGCAGUAGCUGCCCUUGGAAUGCUGAGCACCAUUGCCACCGGAUUGGCAAUUGAUGCCUACGGUCCCAUUAGUGAUAAUGCUGGAGGUAUUGCUGAGAUGGCAGGCAUGAGCCACAGAAUCCGUGAGAGGACUGAUGCCCUUGAUGCUGCAGGAAACACCACUGCUGCUAUUGGAAAGGGUUUCGCCAUUGGCUCUGCAGCUCUCGUGUCCCUUGCUCUCUUUGGUGCCUUUGUUAGCCGUGCUUCAAUUUCAAUAGUAGAUGUGUUGACACCGAAAGUUUUUAUUGGUUUGAUUGUUGGUGCAAUGCUUCCCUAUUGGUUUUCUGCUAUGACAAUGAAGAGUGUGGGAAGUGCAGCUCUGAAGAUGGUUGAGGAGGUCCGCAGGCAAUUCAACACCAUCCCUGGUCUGAUGGAAGGCACUACUAAGCCUGACUAUGCUACCUGUGUUAAGAUCUCCACUGAUGCUUCCAUCAAAGAGAUGAUCCCACCUGGUGCACUUGUCAUGCUCACCCCACUCAUUGUUGGUAUCUUUUUCGGUGUCGAAACACUAUCCGGUGUCCUAGCUGGAUCCCUCGUAUCUGGUGUGCAGAUUGCCAUCUCUGCAUCUAACACCGGUGGUGCUUGGGAUAAUGCCAAGAAGUACAUUGAGGCGGGAGCUUCUGAGCAUGCAAGAACUCUUGGCCCUAAAGGGUCAGAUGCGCACAAAGCAGCUGUUAUUGGUGACACUAUUGGGGACCCAUUGAAGGACACAUCUGGACCUUCACUUAACAUCCUAAUCAAACUUAUGGCAGUGGAAUCACUUGUGUUUGCUCCAUUCUUUGCUACACAUGGAGGGCUACUCUUCAAGAUACUUUAAGUGUGUUCAAGAGAAGCAAGCACAAAAUGGCGACCUAGUCGCAAUGUUGUCCGGUUCUUCUUCUUCUUCAAAUCCUUGUUAUUUUGCUCCCAAAAUAUAUGUAGUCUGUAGUUGAAAAUUUCCCCUUUCAGAAGGGUACUCCUGAUGAGUGAUAACAAUGACAAUGACCAUGAUAAUGGUUAAUCUAGAGUUUUCCAAUUUCAAAAUUUCAGGCUGUUGUUUUUGGCUCUCUACAUUAUUACCCCACAAGUUCGAUAAUGAGACGGUACACUGUUUCUGCAGUGCCUUUUGUUCAA